AUGGUAUGGGUUCAAUUUCCUGGACUCAGUUUGGAAUACUGGGAUGAGGCAACUUUAUUCACUAUCAGCAAAGCAAUUGGAAUUCUAAUCAAGGUGGAUGCAGCUACUUUACAUUUUCAGAGUGGGUAUUAUGCUAAAGUGUUAAUUGAGAUUGAUUUGGCUAAGACAAUUCCUAAUAAACUUUGGAUAAUCACAAGGUAUGGAGCUUUCUCUCAAGGAGUUAUUCUUACUAAACUUCCUAAAUUCUGUUCUAAAUGCAAAAUUCUUGGACACUUAACAACUGAAUGUAGAGCUUCACAGCACUCUGCCAGAGAAAGUAAUAUUAAUCAAAUUGAGAAGGAUAUUAUUAUAAAACAGAAACAAAGAUCUCCUUCCUCAACCUUGGAUCCUCAUGAGCAUACUUCAAAUCCUUCUGUUCAAUUUCAUAUCAUUGAAGACUCUGAUAAUACUUCAACUUCUCAGAAUAUUAUUGAAGUUUCUAAUUCUGUCCAUGAUCCUUCCUCUGUCCACACAAGUGAAGUGAUUAAUAUUAAUACUACUAUGGAACUCAUCAAUCCUACUUCUGGUAUAAAUAUUACAAGUAAUCCCUUUGAAGUCCUACAAGAGAAUGAAAGUGACUCUGAAAAUGGUGAAAUCAAAGAGGUUAGUACAGCUAAUCUUUUAGAAUUUGGCUCUAUUUCUCAAACUAUUGCUAUUAUUCCAAAGGCUUUUAUUAGUAAUCUGACAAAUGAUGAAGUAACUAAUCAAUGCAUUACUGUUGAAGUUGGUGGGGUUCUUGUGACAGAAGUACAUACUAAUUCUUACACUAUUAAUAGAAAAGAAUUGUGGCAAGAUUUGUGUGAUAUUAGUCUUAUGGAUAAACCUUGGUUAAUCCUAGGUGAUUUUAACAUAGUUUUUUCUAUAGAUGAGAAAAAAAGGAGGGCUGGAAGUAAGAGAAUUCUUUGCAACCUUGAUAGAGCUUUGUAUAACUUGAAAUGGUUGGUCAAAUUUAAUGGUUGGAAUUAUAAAGUUGGUACUAGAGGAAUUUCUGACCAUAGUCCUAUUAUUGGUGCUGAUGCUGUCAUUCAUAGAGCUCUCAAUCCUCCAUUUAGAUUUCAAAAAAUGUGGCUGACUUAUCCUGAUUUUAUGCAAGUGAUCUUAGACUCUUGGAAAGAAGAAAUCUAUGGCGAUCCCAUUUAUGUAUUUAUGAAUAAACUUAAAAGAUUGAAAAAUUUUCUAAAAAUGUGGAAUUGGGAGGUUUUUGGUGAUGUGAUGGAAAAUCUUAGAAAAGCUGAAGAAAAGGUGAUGGAGGAAACUUUGAAAUAUGAUAGUGAUCCUAAUGAUAUUAAUAUGCUUAAUAACCUUGUGACUGCUAGAGGGAAGUAUGAUAUGGCUGCCAAUAAUUAUAAUACUUUCCUCGGAGAUAAAGCUAGGAUCAACUGGAUUCAGGAUGGGGAUGUUAAUUCUAAAUUUUUCCAUACUAGUAUCAAGCUAAGACAAGCUCAAAACUCUAUAUCUGAAAUAGAAGAUUAUACUGGUAAUCUUAUUACUGAUCAAAAUGGUAUCUCAAAUGUGCUAAUUGAUUAUUUUAGCAAGAAAUUUGCUCAUCAGGAUGUUCAUAUAAAUGAAUCUUUCUUUGAAGUUGUUCCUAAUGUCAUAACUACUGAUGAUAAUUCUUACUUAGAAGAUGGUUUCACUAGUGCCCUUUACAGAUAUGCUUGGGAGGUUAUAAAAGGUGAUCUAGUAGCUGCAAUUCAAUACUGUUGGCAGAGUAAUGUCAUUCCUAGUGGUAUGAAUUCUAACUUUCUUGUUUUAAUUCCAAAGGUGCAUGGUGCUAAGAAUGCUAAGCAGAGUAUACAUGAACAAGUUUUGCUUGCUUCUGAGUUAGUUAAUGAACUGUCAGUUAAAAGAAGAGGAGGCAAUUUGGGACUCAAAUUGGAUAUUUCUCAGGCCUAUGAUACCAUGAGUUGGGAUUUCCUCUAUAGAGCUCUUAUUAAAUUUGGGUUUUCCUCUAAUUUCUGUGAUUGGAUUAUGAUCCUUCUUAAUACUUCUAAAAUGUCUAUUAUGUUAAAUGGUGGCCCUAUUGGUUUCUUUGGAGUUGGCAGAGGUCUUAAGAAAGGUGAUCCUCUUUCACCUAUCCUCUUUAUUAUAGCUGGAGAUAUCUUAAGUAGGAAUAUUCACAAGUUGGUUCAAGAUAAGAAAGUUCAACCUAUGGUGAUAAGAAAUGGUAUUCAUCCUACACACUUAUUCUUUGUUGAUGAUAUUUUCUUGUUUUGUAAUGGAAAUAUGAGGAGUAUUAAUCAUCUCAAAAGGUUAUUGCUUGAAUACCAAGAAGCAACUGGCCAAAUUAUAAAUACUUCUAAAAGUAGAUGCUUUGUGGGUGGCACUUCUUCUGUGAGGAAAAGACAAAUUGUUGAUUUCUUUCAUAUAGAUAUUUCACAUUUCCCUGACAAAUAUCUAGGUAUGAUGUUAGUUCAAGGGAAAGUGAAAUCUUCUCAUCUUUGGAACUUAAUAGAAUAUAUGCAUCACAGAUUGUCUACUUGGAGUGGCAGAUUAUUAAGCUUUCAAGCUAGAUUUACAUUGGUCAAAUCUGUUCUUUGUAGUAUUCCAGUGUAUAACAUGUUCAUUUAUAAAUGGCCAAGCAAAGUAGUGGAUACUUGUGAAAGGAUUAUUAGGAACUACUUGUGGUCUGGUAAUGCCGAGGACAGAAAAUGUAUCACUCUUAAAUGGAACACAGUUUGCAUUCCUUUUGAAGAAGGUGGUCUGGGAAUCAGGAGGCUAGAAGACAUGAAUAAAGCUUUAUUAAUGAAAUUCCUUUGGAAUAUGCUUCAAUCUGAAGAUGAAUGGGCUCUAUUUUUUCUAGCUAAAUACACUGACAAGAAUGGUAACUGGAUUUCUUAUUACAAGAGAUCUUCAAUUUGGCCUGGCAUUAGAUGGAUAAUUCAGGACUUUAAUGAUCUUACAAGAUGGGAUGUUGGUGAUGGUAAACAAAUAUCUCUCUGGAAUGAUAGAUGUAUUUAUGAUGAUCCCAUUAGCAAAUUGUAUCUUGAUCACCCAGUAAUUACUUUAAAUCCUAAUCUGAAAGUCAGUAGCUUAAUUGUGAAUGGUCAAUGGAUGAUCCCUGAAAAUUUUCUCCAAAUUAUUCAUACUGACCAGCUCCCUGUUCUUAGAAAUGGUGCAUAUACUCUAAUAUGGUGUAACAGUCAUUCUGGAGUGUUCUCAGUUGUUGAUGCAAUGAAGAAAAUCAGUUCCCACAUGCCUAUAUUGCACUGGCAUAAAAAAAUCUGGAAUUCUGCAGUUUUUCCUUCUAUCUCAGCUAACAUUUGGAAACUUACAAGAGAAGCAUGUGCAACUGAUGAAAAUUUGACUAAAAAGGGUUUCCAUAUGGUGUCAAGAUGCUGCAUUUGUCACUCUGAUAUUGAUUCUCUGAAUCCCAUUCUAUGGAAUUGCAAAUUCAGUAAGCUGUUGUGGAAAAGGCUGGGAGGUGAUCUUGGGGUUCUUACAAAUUAUAUUGUUGAAUUUAUUGCAAGUAUAAGAGCUUUGGAAUGGGCCCUGGAUAAUCAGAAGCUCAAGGGGAUUCUGCAGACUGAUUCUAAAGCUUGUGUUAUCUCUUUGAUGAAUAAGCAGAUACCAUGGUUUCUGGUAGAAAAAUGGCAAAGAGUCAUUUCUGGCCUCCAAUCUAUUUGUUAUAGGCAUGUGUACAGGGGGUAA